UAUUUUAUCCAAUUCCUCAUUUCUUCGAUCCUCUUAAUUUGUUUAUAACUUUAGCCAAUAAUUGUAAUUUAUUAAUUAGUACAUCCGAAUAAUUUAUUAUGUUGCUGAAUUCAAUCCAGCAAGAAGCUUCUCCUUCAUCGAUAGGGAUUGGUAAAGGUAAGAGUGAUUGGGGGUUUUGGGCGAUGUUUCCUGAGGAUUUGAUAUUUGAAAUUCUACAUAGGGUUGAUGAAAAAGAUUUGAUUUUGCUGAAAUCCGUAUCGAAAGGUUGGAACUUUGUGAUUUCUAGAAUUUGCAUCCCUAGAAUGUCCCCUCCCUCCCCUGCUGCUCCCUUUUGGAGUUUGCUCCUUUUCAAGGACCCCCUUCCUCCCGAAGAAGGCCGUGAAGUCGGCGACCCAUUCUUGAAACUUCACUACUUGCUUAUGCACUACUACGUGUACGGACACUUCAUGCCUCCAAGGUUUCGUUUGGACAACACUGACCACUUAUAUCCGGCUAUGCUUCCGGACAAGUGUGAUCAUUCCGGCAUUCGAGACUGCUGCAAUGGGAUGCUACUCUUAGCCUCCUCCUCCCGAUAUUAUGUCGCCAACCCGGUCACAAAACAGCGUAUUUCAAUCCCAAUUAACCCCCAACACCAACGUACCGACAUCAAAACCAUCCAUUCCUCAUUGAUUUUCGAUCCCUCCCUUUCCCUUGACUAUAGGAUUGUAACCUUCAAGGCGGUUAAUCUUCCAUUGGAAUUAUAUAUCUUCUGUUCCGAGAUGGGACAAUGGCGCAGCCAUGUCCUCCCUCUCGAGCCUCAUGGCCUCCACGGCUCUGAGUGGCUUCCCCGCUCCGUUUACUUCAACCAGGGUCUCUAUUCUCUCUCCUUGGCUAUGUUCUUAGUGUGCAUUGACAACCUUCUCCCCGGCCCUAGUGAUCUAAGAGCUUGGGCUAUUGAGCUUCCUGAUAAAGAUGUGAUCAAACUUAGAGAUAAAGAUGUGAUCACACCUAGUGAGAGUGGGUGCAUAGGUGUGUCUUCAGGGUGUUUCUACUACUCCAAUCGUGACACUGGAGGUUCAUACAUGUAUGUGUGGAUGUUGCGCUAUAAUGGGAGAGAUUCCAAAUGGGUUCUGAUGCACACCAUAAGCAUUGCUGAUGAUCUUGUUGAAAACACCAUACGUGGUCUUAGACGCACCUUGUAUUGGAAAAAUUUUGAUUGCUUUAGACCUCGUACCUUUUACCCCAAGGACAAUGUAUUGGUUAUUGCAGCUCCUACAGUCGUGGCCUCAUAUAACUUAAAGACCAAAUUUCUCGACCAGCUUUGCAGUUUAACCAAGUGGCACUGCGACCGGAAAUCUUAUCAUUUGGAUGGAAAUUGGAUAUUUCCCUUCUCGCCAUGCCUGCUCAUACUCCCUUGUCAGAGUUUGGGAGAGUAAAUCAUUGUAGCGCAUUGAAAGUAUGCAAACAUGGAGAUGUUGUGGCAUAGCCCCCGCAGGUGGCUGGCGAGGAUCAAGCAUAAUCAAGUUUGUGGUUAACAAACUCUCUCUCUUUGGGUUAAUUUCAUGAAUGACUAUGAUAAUUAUAUUGAGUAAGUUAGUAAAGUUGUAGUCUUGGUUGUGCACAAACAUUAAUUUAAACUGAACUUAGCUUCAGAUUCAGAUUCAGAUUCAACUUUGCUAAAACUCUGUUGUAAUUGUUUUUUUCAUUUCUUCCAGAAGUUUACCAUUUUCUCA